AUGUGCAUUGAUGAGACUGCACUGAUAGGCAGCAUUGAUGAGGUGGCACUGGUGGGCAUUGAUGAGGAGGCAUUGAUGAUGCUGCACUGAUGGGCACUAUGACAACUCAUGGGGCCCCCGGGCAACUGGGGAUCAUGGGGCCCCUGUGUCCUUGCCCAAACUCAAAAAAGCCUAUGAAAAAGGUACCAGGGGCAUCUCAUGGGGCCCCCUACUGACCCCAGGCCCUCGGGCAGUGCCCGAGUUUCCAAAUGGUCAGUCCGCCCCUGAG